UACAUUUCGCCUUGCUCUUUAAAAGGUCGCGUCGGUGAUGCUUCUGCGACGUUAACAGGUAGACGUGCUGCUAAUGCUGCUGGCAGAAUUUAAAAAAGGGAAAAAAAGUCACAACAGUGACAGCAGUGAAGAAACAGCGCAGAGUUCGGGGGGUGUUUAAAGGCAUUUUAUCGUUUCAUUUGUGUACUCUGUACUACGUGGCGCUUAUUUCAGCUGUUGUGAUUCAGAGACAGUCAUGAUCCUGCUGACACCCUCCUCCGGUAGGUCCACUGAUUAUUCCUCCCUCUAUUCUGGAUUACUGUGCACUUGUCUGGGCAAACUGGGGACUCAUUCAUGAAUAAAAUGGGAUGGAGUUCUUUGUAAACCGGCAUGUAGUCAUGCAGCAUGUGAGCCUGGAUUUUUAUCUUAUGUUGUUUUAACCAUUAAUUUCAUAUAAUGGCUACCCUUUAUUAAUUUGUCUUUUCCUGUCUUCUGAUGAAGUGUUUUAGUCGUUACUAGGUGAAACAGUAGGGUCCUACGCAACUUCCCAUCAUUCUUUGCACUCAUUAUAGGCAGCAAUCCAAAUGACCUGCUUGAAAUUGGCUGAAUCUGUGUUGGUUGGGAUUUACCCUUUUUCCAGUGGCAUUGUUUUGUCUCAACUAGAAUGCCCCUCAAACAUGAGCUGCAUGUUGCUCUUUUGUCAUACUCACAAGUCUGUGGGCCUGACACUAUUUUCAGGUGUAAUGCUGAAUGGGAACUUAGUGCCCAAAAAUAGAAUACAGUGAAAUAAAAGCAUGCUUUCAAUUAAAAAGUUGUUCUUGGCUGUGUGCUCUUGUCUCAUCCGCUGUUUUCUUUCAGAUGAAGAGUCUCUUGAACUGCCCUGCCUUUGGAAUCACAGGAAGUUCAGCGUGAAACUUGAUGGGUUGCUGUAACGCAACAUUUAAAUCUACAUUGUAAUUUUUGAGGUCAUAAUCUGAGCACACUGUCUUGGACGGUACUAUGACAUGAGAGAAAGCCAUACAAAAAUGGAUUGAAAACAAACAUUUCUUUGUGGGGGCAGAGACAGUUUUCUGGCCAGGGCAAGCUGCAGGGUGUCAGCAUUCAUUACAUCUUGUUGAUUUAGUGGAUGUAGCUGUUACUAUAAUCAGUAUUGCAAAAUUUAAUCAGUGUAACACAAUUAAGUCUAAAGAAAACAUAUUGCCUAUUUAAAAUACACUUCUAGUGUAUGUUCUCUUUGCAGUAAACUCAAUCAAUGCAGGAAAGCUUUUUCUAUAUGUAAAAACCCAUGCUACAGUAUAGCACUCAUCAAUAGAUUGGAUCCAUUAGCUGCUGCCACAUUGUACAAGGUCACCACUUUUGAUUGGCGCUAGCAGACAAAUUGAUCUCACGUCUGGUAUGUGUCAAUGCAGUUGCUGCAAUUCACACUGUCACUGUAGCCAAUGGUGUGUGUAGUAGUUACCUAAAUGUCCAUUGUUUGUCAACCCACACGAGCACCGUGUGUGUGUGUGAAUGUGUGUGUGUGUGUGUGUGUGUGCGCGCGUGCGUGCGUGCGUGUGCGUGUUAGAGAGAUACACCUGAUAAUGUUUGACUAUAUCGGUGAAGCUUUUGUCAAAUACUUAUUAAUGCAUGUAACGAUAAAACCUAAUGAACCUUAGCUUGUGUGAGAGUAGCUGGGAGGGGGACACUAAUGAUGCAUGCUGGAGGCUGCACAACCCUGACUAAAUUAAUGCAUUCUUUUGAUCUGAAAAUGGAUGAAUACUGUUUAUUGUAUGGUCAGUGUCUGUCCAAUAAACAUACAUCUUGGUAAGUAAUGUUUCUUUUACAUUAGACAGGAGACUCAGUUUCAUAUAACGUGUCACCUAAUAUCCAGUAGGACAUUUUUUUUCAAAUAUCCAUCCCUCCAUCCCUCCAUUUUCUAUACCGCUUAUCCUCACUAGGGUCGCGGGCGUGCUGGAGCCUAUCCCAGCUAUCUUCGGGCGAGAGGCGGGGCACACCCUGAAAUGGUCGCCAGCCAAUCGCAGGGCUUUUUCAGAUAUCAAUUAAACUUAUUUUUUCUAGAUUUAGAUGUAUUAUUUUUACUUUUUUUCACAUUUUACAGCAGAGAUUUGGCUCAGACUGGGACAAAUGAUUCACAUUUAGACACUUAAGCCGGUAUGGUUGUGGGUUGGGUUUUUUAGCUUGAGUCUGUCAGAGGGUCACCCAGAUGGCUACUAACUGCUACUGUCAUAUGGUCUUAGGUCUCUUCCAGUGCACCAACAAGUUCUUUCUCAGUGAUCAGGCCACAGGACUCCAGAUCAAGGAGUUUGCUCGUAGAAAUGCUGCAAAUGCCCUAUCAGUUGCCAACAUGAUCAUGGGCAUGGCCUCCAUCCUCAGCAGUCUUGAUGGGCACCAUCAUGCAGCAUGUUGGCUGGUUCUUAUUGGCUACCUGCUGGAUUUGGCAGAUGGAGCUGUUGCCAGGCGACUUGACGCCUGCUCUGCCCUGGGUGCAAAGCUGGAUGACUUUGCCGAUUUCACAACAUUCGGGAUUGCUACAUCCCUGCUCCUGAGGACACCUGACUUGCUGGAUAACAUCCUGUGCAUGUGCUACGCCCUCUCGGUUUUUGUUCGCCUCUGUUUCUUCUCAAGUGGGAUUCCGUUCAUGUAUCGUGGACUGCCAUGCAUCUACUCCUCGGCCAUCCUAGCCAGUGCCUCGCUGCUGUCGGGCGGCAACACGGCCAUGCUGCGAGUCAUCGCUGUGGCCAUGAUCCUUUUCAUGAUUAGUCAAAGUUUCUACCCUCACGACCGAGUGCUGGAGUCCCAGGCUUGGAAGAAGGUUGUCUAUGCUGGGGGGGUCGUCAUGCUGUUCUGCUCGUUCUUCCCUCCUGCUUGUGUAUACUAUCUACUGUGGUCUGUCUCCUAUAUUUUGUUCCCAACAUCCCUUUGGAGCAGUAAAGUGUAAAAUCAAGAAGGUGGGCACUUCCAGGCUGCUGCUAGCUGCCAUGGAGGAUCCAAGCUCAUUUACCUCAAACAAACACUAUUUAACACUACCAAACACUAUUUAAGACUACAUUUUGUUAUUGUUGGAUGUGACGCCAUGGAGGGAGAAUCCAAAUGAGAAAGACAGUCUCCUGACAGGAUUAACUCUCAUGCUGUUUUUCACUGAAGGUAAACAAGAAAAGAUUAGAUUUCCCACCCCCCACACCACUCACCUCCCUCCAAAAUUCUGAUGUCUCUGAUGUAAUCUUCCAACUACAGUCUUAAUCCACUUUCUUAUCAGUGUUGUGCAAAUGGCAGCAGUGAGUGCCAAAUAAACUGAAUGGCAUGUAUGCAUACGUUGCAUUCUGUAAUCUGUAAUCCAGUAAAGAACUCAUGAAACAGUAUUUCAGUAUUCACGUUCAGAUGAAGGUUUGCGGCGGCACGGUGGCCGACUGGUUAGAGCGUCAACCUUAGAGUUCUGAGGACCCGGGUUCAAUCCCCAGCCCCGCCUGUGUGGAGUUUGCAUGUUCUCCCCGUGCCUGCGUGGGUUUUCUCCGGGCACUCUGGUUUCCUCCCACAUCCCAAAAACAUGCAUUAAUUGCAGACUCUAAAUUCCCCGUAGGCAUGACUGUGAGUGCGAAUGGUUGUUUGUUUCUAUGUGCCCUGCAAUUGGCUGGUAACCAGUUCAGAGUAUACCCCACCAACUGCCUGAUGACAGCUGGGAUAGGCUCCAGCACGCCCGCGACCGUAGUGAGGAGAAGUGGCUCAGAAAAUGGAUGGAUGAAGGUUUGCUAAAAUGGGGGAGUUUCCAAUUUUCAUUAAAAAAAAAAAAAAAAGUUUGUCCUACGUAUUUGUUAAUACAAUAGUCUUUAUUACCUAGCACUCGUACAGGAUAAAUAUGAUUUGUGGAAAAAAAAACAAAAAAAAGAAAUCACCCAUCUCUGGCCCCAUCUUGUGCCUCACGUGAUGUGCAAGAAACCACUGCACCCAAGAAAAAAGAACCAAUCAGAAACAGAAGGCGUGCCUUGUGUGGCAAUCAUUUGUUGUGCACUCACUGGCACACUGAUAACGGGCACACCCUGCGGCCCAGAGCUGACCUGUUACCUUGCCAUCCCGGAAAAACUUUAUUCUUUAUGGAAUGCUACUAUUACAGUAAAUGCUAUUGGUUUGAAGUUUUAUUUUUGACUGUCAAGUCAUAAUGACUGUUUUAAAAAAUAUGCCAAAAUGUGAUUUUUGGUAAAAUUGUAAACUCCCCUUUAAAUAUUAACCAUUUACUACAACAUUUAUUGGAUCAAACUUUUGAAUAUUGUGUCAACAUUAUUAUUCUUACAUCUGUUUUAGUGCCACUGGAAGUGAAUUGCUUUCUCCCCUGCCAUCAGUGAUUUAGCGAUAUGCACAAUUUUGAUUUCUUGUAGCCUCUGUUCUAGGAGGAUUUUGAAUUGUAAAUCCACAGUGGAUUGUCUGUAUGUCAUACUCUCUGAUUACAAGUAAACGGUAUUACAUUUUUUUUUUUGUGCUUUUUUUGGAGUGACAAUUGAAGAGAGAGUGAACUGGUCAGAAACAUGAUGCAAUUAAGAGCAAAAGUGAAUAGGGGUCAAUCUGACCUUAUUCCGUGAUAUUAUUUAAGCACAAAGAUUGACAAGUUCACCCACCACCGUACCACAUUCCUUCUGUGAACGUCUUCUCUCAACUUCAUUAGAGUUGAAUCUUCUGUAAGCCAUGGUUCUCUUGAAGUUUUAAAAAAAAGUAUGCAAUACACAAAAGGUUCAUGUGUUCGCCAAGUCAAAUACUGACUUAAUCACAUUGUCUUGUCUUGUUGACCUGCUUUAGUAUUGAAAAAUAACAGCAAAAAUCUACUGACUAAACGGACUAUAUUUAGCUUUAUGUGGGUGUUGUCACACAAUAAUUUCAUAGUAUUUAAAUAGAGAGAAAUAUUACGGAUAUGGCUCUUUGCCACUCAACAAUUACAUGAUUAAAACAAAGAUCUUUUGCUAUCGGUCACUACAUUUUUUUUAAAAAUAGGACAGAUUGGAAAAAAAAAAAGCAUACAGUACAUUUAACUUUAACCACAAUUAUUACCAAAGGUUUGAGUUUUUCAUCAGUCAGAAGUUUAAAAUCACUGAACCAUAUUGUAUUUUGGUAAUUAUUAAUAGAUGCAACUAUUGUUAUAUUGUUCCAAAGCCUUGUUUUAAUCCAUCUGGAAAAGUGGCUGAGACUGCAAGACAAAUGUUUAAUAAAAACAAUAAAAAUAUUGAAAUACGA